AUGCCCCCGGACGUGAUCUGCACCGUCUUCGCGAUGACUGCGUACGAUCUAGACGACCUGGUGACGAUUCUCUACGACGACCCGAGCAUUUCACGUGAAGUUGUGAGUGCUGCCUUGCAAAAUGCGUCAGGCUUGGGGCAUCUGCGUAUCGUCCACUUCCUCAUAGACAAACCUGAGAUCACGCAGUCCGUGAAGCAAGUGGCCCUGCUGUUCGCAGCUCGGAGUAACUACCGAGCUGUUGUUCAGCUGCUGGAGAAGGGCGAAGACUGGCCACUUGCCACUUUGAAUGAAGCACUGAAAUUGACGAGCAGCCCGCGGCUGAAACAAUUUUUGAGGGAGAGAAUUGGUGACCUAGCGCCGAGGCUGCAGUGA